UGGGGCAGGGUGGGGGUCUCCCGCCAGCCCCCCCCGCCCCCUCCUCCUCGGGUCAGCCAGCGAGCAGCACACGUGGGUGUCUCGGUUGGCAGAGCCGGUGGCAGGGAUUUCUCUGCUCCUGAGCGUGGGGCCAUCGCGAGGUGGCACGUUACCGUGGGCCCCUUGUCCUGACAGGCUCCGGGGGCCCCGCUGGGGGAGGCGGGCUGAUGCUUUGCUCCAUCUUCCCCCCUCCGCAGCCCUGUGCCGACGCCGAGCGGGGUCAGCGCCGUGCCCAGCAGCCCCCUGCCCGCCGGGGAGCAGGGCAGAAGGGCUCAGCCCGCUCCGACUGCUCGCUCUUUCCCCCGCUGCCUUUGUGCCUGUCUCCACGCUGCUCCCCACAGCUUCCACAGGGCAGGAGAGACCCCAUGGGUUCUGCCCCCCCGGUCUGUGCCCCUCCCUGUGGGGUCAGCGGGCUGGGGCUGGUCCCAAGGGACUGGUUUGGUGAUGGUUGGGGGCUGCUUGGGAAGUGGCUGCAGGGGCAUCCAGCCCCUUCACCCAUGGAGCUCUCCCACUGCCCGGCUCGGAGCUGCAGCACACGGAUGUGCCCCGGCCCGGGGAAGUGACAUGUGCCCCGUGUCAUCGCUCAGCGUGUCCCCGUUGUGUGUUUCAGCAUUGCCAGCACAGUCUGUGCCCUGGGGUGCUCAGCAGGCCACAUGGAAGUGUUUCCUCUACUGCAACGGGCUCAUGGACCAUCUGUACGUCUGCCAGAACGGCAAUGGCUGCACCGCCUGGUACAAGGCCCCCACCCGCUUCAGCGGCACGCUGGAUGCCUUCGUGAAGAUCACACGCUACGAGGGCAUCAGGUCUCUGUGGAGCGGCUUGCCCCCCACCCUGGUCAUGGCUGUGCCAGCCACCGUCAUUUAUUUCACCACCUACGACCAGCUGCGGGACUACCUGCACGCUCGCACGGGGAGCCAGGGGCACCACAUCCCCUUGCUGGCCGGGGCCCUCGCCAGGCUGGGCGCAGUGACGGUCAUCAGCCCCUUGGAGCUCAUCCGCACCAAGAUGCAGUCCCGGCAGCUCAGCUACCGGGAGCUGGGUGUCUGCAUCCAGUCGGCGGUGGCUCAGGACGGCUGGCUGUCCCUCUGGAGGGGCUGGGGACCCACCGUGCUGCGAGACGUCCCCUUCUCCGCUCUCUACUGGUUUAACUAUGAGCUGGUGAGGGAAUGGCUCUGCAGGCAGGCCCGGCUGGAGGAGGCCACGUUCAUGAUCAGCUUCACAUCCGGGGCCAUCUCCGGGACGGUGGCUGCGGUGCUGACGCUGCCCUUCGACGUGGUGAAGACCCAGCGGCAGAUCGAGCUGGGAGACAGCGAAGCGCACCCAGUCACAACCUCCAAGCCUUCCUCCACAUGGCUGCUCAUGCGGCGCAUCCGCGCUGAGUCUGGCACGCGGGGGCUGUUUGCAGGCUUCCUGCCCCGCGUCAUUAAGGUGGCACCCGCCUGCGCCAUCAUGAUCAGCACCUAUGAAUUUGGCAAGACCUUCUUCCAGAAGCUGAACCAGGAGCGGCGGCUGCCUGGGUUGUGAGCCAGGGCUGGGACAGGGCUGGAUGUGGCUGGCCCCCCGGUGGGGGGGAACGGGGACGCUGCCAACCCCGCUCCCGGUGAGGCGCCCCGGGAGCAGCGAACCGCACUCGGCUCUGCAAAGCCCAAGUGCCUUCGUGCCAUGCUCUGCCUCCCCCCUGCCUGCGCCCGCGGGCAGGGCCAGCCCGGCCCCCUCUCCAUCCCCAGCCAACCUGGGGGACACCUGUGCCUGCUGCUGUGACACUGCGGGGGGGGGGAGGGGGAGUCCCCCACACUCAUCCCUUGAGGCUGGACAGAUGCUGCUGCUGGAUUCACGGAUGCUCUGGCGAGAUGGGGGUGCCCUGGGAGACUCGGCACGGCAGGAGAUGGGAGCCGGGGCUCGGUCAAGGACCAAAUCCUCGGGGGCUUCUCUGUGUGCCUGCCCGGGCCCCCCAGCCCUGCUACAGCUGGGGGUCUGCCCCUUCUUGCCAUCAGUCACGCACAGCCUCCCCUUGCCAGCACUGCGCGGCACGGGGACACGUCAGGACCCUCUCCCUGCCUCCGGACCUCUCCCACUCCGGGUGUCCCUGUCCCCUGGCAGACCCUGGGCUUGGACCCUGUGUGAGGACAGACCUUGCUGCUGCUCUGGGGGGGCCGGCAGGCAUUCUGGUAUCAAACCUCUGCCCCUGCCCCCUCCCUUCACCCCGAGGACCUGCCCCAGCAUUGUACCCACUGUGGGUGCUGCCCCAGCUUGCUCCGGGACUCCAGGGGGGGAAUUUCUCUUAUUUUCUUAAAUAAAAGGAAAUUUUAUUUGUCUCUUA